AUGUCCAGUCAGUCAGAUGAGGAGAACGAGGUCCAUCCUCUUGUAUCGAAUUUACUAGGUCAAAAGUUUAUUCCGCGAACCGGUCAUGUGUUUCGGUACGACAGAGAUGAGAUGAUUCGCUUAUCCACAGCGCCGCUCAGUAUGCAACGUCCUGAAAUUCUAUCUGUUGAUUUCAAUGGAGAUGACGGCAAGUUUUCACCUUUCAAAUGGUUGGAGCAUCGGUGGGAGGUCGAAGGCAUAAAAAAUCGGGCACCGACGAAGAAGUUGCAGGACGCGUUGAACGCAGGAGCUAUGGACGAGAAUGCUGGUCUAUCGCCGCAGCGGAGAGGAUUCUCGGGUGGUUGUCGAGCGCCUGCAGAUGAUAAAGGCAAAGAAGGGGUUCCAAGUAGUAGUGGAUUCGCUAACGAGAGCGGUUGGACAGGUGUUGAGCGAGACCGCGAUCGUCUUGGAACGAAUAGUACGAAGAACUGGCGCGGUGGAUCGAAUGGUGGCGCGGAUAAGUACUCAAACAAGAGCAGUGACUUCAAAUUGCCAUUUCAAAGAUCAACUGGAGCCAAUGCUCGCAGCUCCGGUGGAGGUGGUUCAGGUUCAUGGCGUACGGAAAUGAAGGAGCGUGGGCCACAAAUGAGUAGUGGGAAGUAUUCACAGUCCAAGAGUCAACGGGAGGAAAGGAUGCCAGAAUGGGCUGACGGAUCAACAACGAUGGAUGAUAUGAUCGAGUUGCGCGGAUUUGAGGAACCUGUCAAAAAAAGCAAAAGAGGGUCAGGAAGUCGUGCCAAAGAAGAGAAAGAGAAAGAAAAGGAAAAGAAAGGAGAUGGUAGGAAGGAGUCACUUGAGAAUGGAAAACUUGAUCAACAACGAGUGGAAGACGCUGUUCCCGAAGAGCAAGCUCUUUUCAAUGCAUUCCUUCAAGGACCUCGCCCUAUAGGACCUGCACUGCCAGAAACUGACGCUGAGUUUGCUGCAAUAUUAGGUUUGCUUGAUGUGCAGGAUGACGGUAUGUCCAGUUUACUUGACAAGGUGAGCACUGCUACCGAUGACAACUCUUCGUCUACGACAGGCAGUCGCCUGAGCCGUUUCUUCAACAAGAACAAUUCUCAAUCUGGUAGCAUUGCACAAAACUCUCGUACUAGCCAAGACGAUCCUCAAUCUUCUAAUCCUCUGUUGGCCAAAAUUUUUGCUCAAACUCCUUCAUCAGGAGGCCAAACUCCUCAAACUUCUUCACAGGGAAAUCCAUCCAUGCCACCAACUGUAGCAGGACCGGGCGGUGUACGUGCUAUGAGACUCGAAGAUCUGGAAAAAGCUAUUAGUUCAAAGGACACUCGCACUGCACCAAUAACCAAGGGCAACCCACUGCAAGAUCCGAAUCAGCAAGCACACCUCCUCAGCAGAUUGCAGAACUUUGCAAAACAACAGGAAGAGAAUGCUCCUAUGCCUGGUGCCGGUCCAAGCCCCCCUGCUCCGAGCUUGACGCCUUCAGUAGGUGGAGUGUUCCCUCCUGGUGCAGCGCCAUUUCUUCCUCCAGUGCUUCCUCCGGGAGCUCCGAUGGUGCCUCCCGCUUUGCUUGCUCGUAUGGCGGCUGAAAAUCCGGCGUUGGUUCAAGCCCACAUCCAAGCACAACUUCAUCAGGCAAUGGCCGCUCAGCUGGCUGCGAAUGGUGGUGUUAAUGUUCCUGCUGCCCAUAUGCGUAAGUGUUUCGAGUUUACACUAUGGUAUCCAUUCAAGAAAUUGUUUGUUAUUAUGUUAAUAGGUGUGGCAACAUUUUUUUUAAAUUGA